GCCUCCUCCGCUCCCGACGCCACUUCCCGCACGUCACGGAGCCGCUGGCGGCGGGGGGAGCCGGGCGGCAGGAGACAAACAGCCCCGAUCGGCCCGGCCGCCCUUGCCGGCGGCGCAGAGCUGACACGGAGGGCGCUGCCCGUCCGGCCGCCGGACCGCGGCCCCUUCCCCGCUCCGCGCAGCGCGGCUGCAGCGGCCCCUCCGCGCCCGCGGCCGCCGAAAAGAUGGCGGCGGUCUCCGAGUGAGGAUGGAGCCGCCUGUCAGCGUCUCUUCGCCCUGAGGGCGGGCAGUGCCGCCCCGCCGGGCCGUGAGGGGCGGCGGGGGCGCCGCCUGGAAGCGGAACCCCCGCGGUAGCCCGCGCCGAGGGGCGAGGCCGGGCCCGGCGGCUCCCGCUCGCCUCCCUCGCACCUCUGCUCUCCGCCCGGCCCCAGCCCCGUCCCGCCGCCCGGCCCUGCGGCCCCCGGCGCGCCGCCGCCAUGCCGUGGCCUUUCUCGGAGUCCAUCAAGAAGAGAGCCUGCAGGUACCUGCUGCAGAGGUACCUGGGCCACUUCUUGCAGGAGAAGCUCAGCUUGGAACAGCUCAGCCUGGAUCUCUACCAGGGCACCGGCUCCUUGACGCAGGUCCCUCUGGAUAAGUGGUGUCUUAAUGAGAUCCUGGAGUCUGCAGAUGCACCUCUGGAAGUCACAGAUGGAUUUAUCCAAUCAAUUUCUUUAUCUGUUCCAUGGGGGUCAUUGCUACAGGAUAACUGUGCAUUAGAAGUAAAAGGAUUAGAGAUGGUCUUCAGGCCGAGACCAAGACUUGCAUCUGGUUCUGAGCCUAUGUAUUGGUCAAGUUUUAUGACCAGUAGUAUGCAGCUUGCAAAAGAGUGUCUUAGCCAAAAACUGACAGAUGAACAAGGAGAAGGGUCCCAGCCUUUUGAAGGACUUGAGAAAUUUGCAGAAACUAUUGAAACAGUUCUAAGAAGAGUGAAAGUUACCUUUUUAGAUACUGUUUUGCGAAUAGAACAUGUGCCAGAGAACUCUAAAAGUGGAACUGCACUUGAAGUCAGAAUUGAAAGAACUAUGUACUGUGAUGAAACUGCAGAUGAGUGCUCUGGAAUUAAUGUACAUCAGCCCACGGCUUUUGCUCACAAGUUACUGCAGCUCUCAGGUGUCUCUUUCUUCUGGGACGAGUUUCCUGCGUCAGCAAAGUCCUCCCCAGUGUGUUCAGCUACACAGCUGGCAACUGAACCAAAGCUUUCACCUAGCUGGAAUCCAAAAAUCAUUUAUGAGCCACAUCCCCAAUUAACAAGAAACUUGCCAGAAAUUACUCCUUCUGACCCUGUCCAGAUCUGUAAGCUGAUUGGUAGAAUGGAGUUGAGCCUAACAUUAAAGCAAAAUGAAGUACUUCCUGGAGCUAAGUUGGAUAUAGAUGGACAAAUAGACUCUGUACAUCUAUUUCUGUCACCAAGACAGGUGCAUCUUCUUUUGGACAUGGUAGCAGCUAUUGCUGGACCAGAGAGUCUAAACAGAAUAGAAUUGUCAAAUAAAGAUAGGAAGAACCGACCAAUGCAACAGGAGGAUGAGUACCGGAUUCAGAUGGAGUUGAAACGUUAUUUAAGAAAAGAGUCUUUAUCUGCAGGAGCAUCAUCCGAACAAAGCUUCUAUGAGACAGAGAGUGCCAGAACACCUUCUAGUCGUGAAGAAGAAGUUUUCUUCUCAAUGGCUGAAAUGGACAUGUCUCACAGCCUUUCCUCCCUUCCACCUCUUGGAGACCCUCCAACCAUGGAUCUAGAUUUGUCUUUAACCAGUACAUAUACAACUACACCAGCAGGAUCUCCACUGAGCACUACAGUGCUUCAACCAACUUGGGGUGAUUUUCUUGAUCGUAACAAACAAGAGUUACAGCCUCCAAGAGGUUCUUCGCUAGCAGCCAAUAUGGUUCACCAGACUUCCUUAAGAAGGACAUCUAUUCCAUCCAGAUCUGUUUCUGUGGAUGAAUCCAGACCUGAGCUGCUUUUUAGACUGGCAGUUGGAACUUUCUCAGUGUCUGUACUUCAUAUUGACCCUUUACCCCCACCUGAAAGUUCACUGAACCUUAACCCAUUGACACCAAUGGCUCGGGAUUUCUUUGCCCGAAUAGAAAAGAUCGAGCCAGUUAAGUUUUCAACAGAAGAUUUUCUGUCCUUCCGAGAAGUAUUUGCAGAAGCUUGUUCUCAUGAUCACCUUAGGUUUAUAGGUACUGGCAUCAAAGUGUCUUAUGAACAAAGACAAAGGACUGCCUCUCGAAGUUUUAGUACUGAUUUAUCCAUUGGUGAUAUGGAGUUCCUGGAAUGCCUUUUUUCUACUGACUUUCAUUCCAAGCAGCCUCACUAUACAGAGCUGCUGACAUUUCAUUCUGAAGAAAGAAACGAUUCUCAUACUGUGCCAUGCCUUCAGCUGCAUUAUAAGCAUUCAGAUAAUAGAGGACCUCAGGGUAGUCAAGGGAGACUCAGUUCUGUACCACAGAAGGCAGAGUUACAAAUAAAGUUAAGUCCAGUAUUUUGUGAGCUGGAUAUUAGUAUUGUAGACAGAUUGAAUUCCUUACUUCAGCCACAGAAACUAACUACAGUGGAGAUGAUGGCAUCUCACAUGUAUGCUUCUUACAAUAAGCACAUAAGUCUGCAUAAAGCAUUUACUGAAGUUUUUCUGGAUGAUUCACAUACUCCUGCAAACUGUAGAGUUUCAGUUCAAGUCACUGCCCCAGCAUUAAAUCUCUCUGUUCGCUUCCCAAUACCUGACCUACGGUCAGAUCAAGAAAGAGGACCAUGGUUUAAGAAAUCACUUCAGAAGGAGAUUCUUCAUCUUGAAUUUACAGAUAUGGAAUUUAAAACUGAAUUUAUAGGAGGGUCAACUCCAGAACAAGUUAAAUUAGAGCUUACCUUUAAAGAGCUAACUGGUUCAUUUGAAGAAGAUAAUGCAGAAACACCAAUAAAAUUUUUUCAAGUGUCUGGUGGCACAGAUGGAGAUGUAACAUCGUCAUCAGACAAUUUUGACUGGCCUCGGAUUGUAUUGAAAAUAAACCCUCUGGCUGUGCACUCUAUUCUGGAAAGGAUAGCAGCUGAGGAGGAAGAAGGUGAUAAUAACUUUCAAGAGGAAGAAGAAGGAGGGUCUCAUUCUUUGAAGGAUGUCUGUGAUAUUAGAAGACCAGAGCCUUCUCCUUUUUCUUCUCGUAGGGUCAUGUUUGAAAAUGAAGAGAUGGUGAUGCCAGGAGAUGUAGUAGAAAUGACUGAGUUUCAGGAUAAAACAAUUAGCAAUUCUCAUUAUGUACUGGAACUCAUGUUACCAAACAUUCACUUAACAUUACCGAACAAAAGCUUUUAUGAAAAGCUUUACAACAGGAUCAGCAAUGAUUUAUUGUUGUGGGAACCCACAGCUCCAUCUCCUGUAGAAACAUUUGAAAACCUUUCUUAUGGUGUUGGACUAUCUGUGGCCAGCCAGCUCAUCAACACUUUCAGUAAAGACAGCUUUAGUCAAUUUAAAUCUGCAGUUAAUUAUGAUGAUGAGAGUGGAUCUGAGGAAGAAACACUACAGUAUUAUUCCACUGUUGAUCCAAACUAUCGUUCACGCAGAAGGAAAAAGCUGGACUCACAGAAUAAGAACUCGCAAAGCUUUUUGUCUGUUCUGCUGAAUGUGACACAUGGAUUAGUGUCAGUAUUCACAGAUGUAAAGGAUGAUGGAAAUACACUGGAAGGAAAGUAUGGUGAAUUUUGGUUUGAGUUCAACAGUGGUUCCCUUUUCAGCGUGACUAAAUAUGAAGGCUUUGAGGACAGGCACUAUGUUUGUCUCCAUUCUAGCAGCCUCAAUUUAUAUCAUCAAGGUUUGGUAGAUGGGGUUGUCCCUUCCUCUGAAGUACGACUGCCCAGCACAAUACGUCCCCAUUGGUUAGAACCUACUAUUUGUUUUUCUGAAGAAGAUGGUCUUAGCAGGACUACUUCAGAUGGUGUGGGAGUGGAUAGUCCAAGUAUGCUGACUGUUGCAGUCAAAAUCCAGUCAGAUAAAGUAGAGAGCAAUACAAAGGAAUUUCUAGUUGCUGUUGGAUUACGGGGAGCCACCCUUCAGCACAGAGUACUGCCUUCAGGUUUAAGCUGGCAUGAACAGAUUUUAUAUUUUUUAAAUAUUUCUGAUGAGCCUGUUCUGGGAUAUAAUCCUCCAGCUACAAUUACAACUUUUCAUGUCCAUCUAUGGAGUUGCGCUCUUGACUACAGGCCAUUGUUUUUGCCAGUCAGAUCUCUACUUACUGUUGAAACUUUCAGCAUUUCAAGCAGUGUUGCAGUAGAUAAAUCCUCUUCUACUCUCAGGAUAAUUUUAGAUGAAGCUGCUUUGCACUUGUCUGACAAGUGCAAUACUGUUAUGGUCAACCUCCAUAGAGAUUAUGUUCGUGUUAUGGAUAUGGGACUGCUGGAACUAACCAUUACAGCAGUAAAAUCGGAUUCUGAGGGAGAAAGAACCAAACCACGUUUUGAGCUGCACUGUUCCAGCGAUGUGAUCCACAUUCGUACCUGCUCUGAUUCGUGUGCUGCACUAAUGAAUCUCAUACAAUAUAUUGCAAGUUACGGUGAUUUACAUCCACCUGCGAAGACAGAGGUUAAACGUGGAGUUAGCAAGCCAAAAAUGAAGGUAGAGACCUUUAGCCAACCAUCUUCCCAUGGACCAGUCCUCGCUGAAUCAGAGCAACAGAUUCUACGGGAUUUGAUGAGUGAUGCAAUGGAAGAAAUUGAGACUCAACAGACUGCUUCUGCCAUGAAACCAGAAUCUAAUGGAGUUUUGGAUGACAGAUCUCAAACUCAGGAACCAUCUUGCUCAGAUCUCUUCCUGUUUCCAGAUGAAAGUGGAAAUGUCUCACAAGAUUCAAGUCCCACUUAUGCUUCGUUCACUCAUCACCUCAUAAAUGAGGCCAUGGGAGAUGUUCCAGCAGAAAGUGAUGAUUUCUGCAUUCUUUUUGCACCCAAAGUUGCUGUUGCUGAAAAAGAGGAAGAACCAGUUAUAAAAAUAAUGGUUGAUGAUGCAAUUACCAUAAAGGAAAAUCAUUUCAGCCAACCUGUUAAAAAAACAGAUACAAGCAAAGCUCCUCUGCAUUUUCCUGUUCCUCUGGUACGCUAUGUUGUAAAGGAAAUAUCUCUUAUUUGGCAUCUUUAUGGUGGAAGGGAUUUUGGGACUGCACCACCAACAUCACCGGCUAAAAGUUUCAUAAGUCCCCAUAGUUCACCUUCUCAUACACCUACAAGGCAUGGGCGGAAUACAGCAUGUGGGGGAAGAGGAAGAAACCCUGACUUCCUAAUGGAAAUACAGUUAAGCAAGGUGAAAUUCCAGCAUGAGGUAUACCCUCCAUGUGGUGCAGAAGGUGAAUCCUGUCUGUUGGAGCAGCCAGUGUCCCGACAGGUUUUUAUUGUUCAAGACCUGGAGAUUAGAGAUCGCUUAGCUACAUCACAGAUGAAUAAAUUUCUCUAUCUCUACUGCAGUAAGGAGAUGCCCAGAAAAGCACAUUCAAACAUGUUAACAGUUAAAGCAUUACAUGUCCGUCCAGAGUCUGGCAGAUCUCCACAGGAAUGUUGUUUACGUGUUUCCCUAAUGCCACUUCGCCUCAAUAUUGACCAGGAUGCCUUGUUUUUCCUGAAGGACUUUUUCACUAGCCUUUCUACAGAAGUAGAACUCUUAGUUACUCCAGAUCCUGAAGUUAAAAAGUCUCCUGGUGCUGAAGUUACGUGUAGUUUGCCCAGGCACGUCAGCAGCCUUAAGGAACCGAGUCCAGUCAUUUCUUUCUCAUCACACAAGCAAGCAAAUGAAAAUGGUAGCAUUGACUCUAUGGAUGUGGUUAAUGGAGAUGAUGAUAAUUUCUCACAAGAAACGACAUCAUACAGUGAUCAGCCAGUAUUUUUCAGGGAAUUUCGUUUCACAUCAGAAGUUCCAAUACGGCUUGAUUACCACGGCAAACACGUAUCGAUGGAUCAGGGAACACUGGCUGGGAUUCUUAUUGGGCUUGCUCAGUUGAACUGUUCAGAAUUAAAACUGAAGAGACUUUGUUACAGACACGGUUUGUUAGGUGUGGAUAAAUUGUUCUCCUAUGCCAUCAGUGAAUGGCUUAAUGAUAUAAAGAAAAACCAGCUACCAGGAAUUUUGGGAGGAGUAGGGCCUAUGCAUUCGCUAGUGCAGUUAGUCCAAGGUCUGAAGGACUUGGUGUGGUUGCCGAUAGAGCAGUACCGGAAGGACGGACGUAUCGUCAGGGGCUUUCAAAGAGGAGCAGCUUCUUUUGGUACUUCCACUGCAAUGGCAGCACUGGAGCUGACAAACAGAAUGGUUCAGACUAUACAGGCAGCUGCAGAAACUGCAUAUGACAUGGUAUCACCAGGGCCUACCUUUAUUGAAGCAAAAAAGAUCAAGCGAUUCCCUCGCCAUCGUUUAGCUCAUCAGCCAGUAGACCUACGGGAAGGUGUAGCCAAAGCCUACAGUGUCGUAAAAGAGGGGAUUACGGACACAGCCCAAACCAUCUAUGAGACUGCUGCUCGUGAGCAUGAAAACAGAGGAGUAACUGGAGCAGUAGGAGGAGUCCUCCGCCAAAUCCCACCAACUGUGGUGAAACCUUUCAUUGUUGCAACAGAGGCAACCUCAAAUGUUCUAGGUGGAAUGAGAAACCAGAUCAGGCCAGAUGUGCGUCAAGAAGAGUCUCAGAAGUGGCGCCUUGGGGAGGAUUGAGAUUGUAAAUCUGGCUCAGCACACAGGUAGCAAGGCUGGAAAUGCAGAGGAAUGUCCUGUUGGCAGCUUUAGAUGGAGCUUACUUUUUGUCAUGCUCAUCUCAGGAACAAAUGAGGUUUUCAACUGUUAUUCACAAAACAUCCAACCAAAAAUAUUUAUGAGGUGAAAAGCAAAUUGGUACGUGCUCAUACUGUGUGUUACCAAUACAUUUGGUAGAUAGUGCCAAACGUAGUGAAGCAUGCGCUGCCAACUCAGAGACAUGCUUGCUCUGUUCCAUUUACCAUAUUUUUCUUGGUAUAUGUAACAUCUGAAACAGUAGCCAGUAUGGUGAAGCUAAGUGGACUUUAAAGAGGUUUUCUGAACAUAGUCAAAGAACUGUCUUCAAUAAAGGGCUCUGCAGAUGCUCUUCACUGACUAAAGAAUAAAAGCCUUCAUUGUGGACAUGUGACAUGAAGGCUGUCUAAUAUGGAAGCAGAUAAGAUAAUACUGUUUAGUGGUCAUAAACAUCGCUUUUAGCGUGGCACUUACAGCAAGGACAAGCUUGAUAACCAUUCAGAGUUUAGAUUCAGUGUUGAUACACCUCCAAACAGGAUUUGGUCCUAAAUAUUAAAUACCUACUUUUGUGGGUUUUUGAAGAACCUGAAUGUUGCAGAAAUGUUCUGUUGUGUUGCACUUUAAAAGAUAUGGCCUGUAUAUUGUGCUUUUUUUAUAGUGUGAAUAAAAUGUAAUGUGCAUUAUCCUUUAUGUGGUUUAGACGCUUACACAAAUUAUUGAAAAGAACAUCAUUUGAUGAUGAUCCUACAGAAAAGUGUCUUAAAUUUAUUUAAACUCAUUAUAUGUUAAAACAUUUUUUGUCUUCUGUCAUACUAACUACAAUGCUAAAAAUAUGUAUUCUUCAAGAAAACAGGAGUUGAUUUUAAUUGUGGCCAACAGUUUUUUAUAAGAAUGAAAAAUCAUAAGUAAAAAUGAAUUAUUUCAUAAUUUCAUAGUUAAAAGGCUAUACAGACUUUAUUUUAAUACUCUGCUUUUGUUUAAAGUUCAUAUUGUUGCAAAGCUGCUGCUCUCACAAGAUAUUUUUAAUUUAGAUUGUGUGUCAGUUAUUUGAAAAUGAGUAUUGGGGGUCAUUUAAUUGGAACUUGGAAUGGGUGAGAGGAUUUAAAAAAAGGACAACAAAACUUAAAAAAUCAAAGUUGGUACUGACAUUAUUUACUAUUUAGUAGGUGACCAGGGUCUCCACAGAGCUUUAUUAAGCACCUGACAUUGCACCAUUUUGGGGCAGUUAAAAGGCUUGGCACUAGCUGUGCAAUAAUUAACUUCUUUUAUCUUAUAUUAGCAAAAACUGGAGGCUAAAAAGUAAAGACUCUUUUGAAUACGAAAAUACUCAUUUUGAAUUUCAACAGGUUAAACUUCGAAUGACUAGCCAGGAUGUAAGUUUGUCAUAGUCCUAUGCUAAUAAUAAGUGGAAAUUCUGCCUAUAUGCCAUGUGGAAAAUCUCCACUGAAAGGGAGACAUCAAAUGCUAUUGAUCAGACUUCAGUCUCUAAGGGUAAAGAAGAAGUAGUUUACCUCUCUAAUAUUUGCCAAUAGCAUGAUGGGCCUUACAGGACAAACAGGAGUGUAUGAAGGAAAAUAAUUGUUACUUGUUCAUGCUGAUACUAUACUCUCUAUUCCUGAACACCAAAGAAUCUGCCUGGAGGGUAAAUGAUUUGAAAAUGUCCCCUCUGCUGGGAAGACUUUUGCAGUAUGCUUUAUUAUUUUUCAUAAAAAAAAAGUUCCAGUUAAAAGCAAAUUCCUUUAUUGGGUGACAGAUGAUAUUACAAAGGUUUGUUUCCAGUUGCUGGAAUCGUCUAAGUUGUGAUACACUUUGAAGACCUGGUUAUUUCAGUUAAAAGACUUUCUGCAAGCAGGAGGAGAUACUUUUGAGAGGACAAAGACCUGCAGAUUUAAUGACAUGAAGUAUUUUUUGAUGUAAAAAUACUUGCUGCAGUGCAUACUUCUGUCCAGUAAUUAGAGAGCUCUGCUUUAGUGACAGCUCAAAGUGUGAGAAUUUUUGCACAGGAAUGAGUUCCAUAUUUGCAAUGUGGCACCUCCUGAAUACCUUCUCAAGAAGUGGUGAGGAGUCAAUGCAAGUAAGUAGCAAUGCAUCUUUUUCAUUUGCAAUUACCAUACUAUGUAAUUUCAGCUAGUCCAGUUCAUCCAGUUAGAGUACACUGCAGUAGUAUAACUCUACAUAUUUUCUUCCUUUUUGACAUUGCUGAGAAGGAGCAGUGGCAUUUCAGUGUUCUUUUCAUUUUCAAUUCUGUCAAGAUCUGAUUGUACUGCAAGACAAUUAGAAUAUAUUUUUAUAUGAGGGCAUGGUGUCAAGGUAAAACAUUUUUAUAGCGUGUCUCUCAUUGUCAGCAAUAUAGAUUGUAUGAAUUUAUUAAACUUCACUUUUCACUAUGUAAACCCUCUCAUUUACUGCUUGCACUUUAUUGAGCCUUUUCAGUGAAAUCGAUUCUAAAUUUUUUUCCAACAUUUUAUUUUUACAAGCAGUUUUUUAAUUUUAGGGUGUAUAUUCUGCAUCGUCGCACUGUUUGAAAUGUUUAAAAAAACCUAAAAGCUCACAAAACUUGUGAAACUAGUCUUUACAUCAAACUAGUUUUCAGAAUGUGUCUUGUAUGGAUUGGCUUGUGUUUUAAAUCAAAAAGUAUCACGUAUGAGAAGGAAUUCAUCAAAUGUUCUCCUCAAUGCUGUAAAUUUUCAAGCACUUAGAAAAUACACAAAAUGAGAUUUGACUCUUGACAUAUUUCCUGGAAAUGGAAACCUAUGGAUUCGUUACUGUAUUCUCCGUUAGCAUGAGGAGAUUUGUGAAAAUAUUGUUGUACUUGAAUUUUCCACUGAAACGAGUUGCUAUAGAUACAGACACUUCAUAUUUGUGGAGGCUGUAAACUGACACAGUUAAUGUUUAAUUCUCUCCACAUUCUCUGAUGUUGAACUGACUAACACUACUACUGCUACUACUGUUACUUAGUCCGAUACCGUCCUGAUAGACAGAACUGUCAUCCUGGGUUUUCUUAAGUGUCCAGGUGCUUCAAAUAAUACAUCAGUGAGUGCCUGGGAAGUACCUGAAAAAAAGACAACCAUCUUUUGACAACAAACAAACAAAAAAACAUCCUUACUAAGAACCUUAGCAGUGACUCAUGGCAGCAAAUCAUCACAUCCAUGCAAAGGCAGCUUCCAUUUUCUUUCCAAUAUCUGUUCAUGGUUUCUAAAUCCUGUAGGUUUUCAGCAAUGCAGUGUAUCCUACACAUACUUGCCUAAUGAUAAGUAUCAUCAGUGACUCACUGGUCAGUCCCCAGUGAAUUCAUCUGUGCUUAAGGGAUGUGACCAUUUGCUCACUAAUUGUUUGAUUGUGAACAUCCAUUGCUUGCUUUCAUUUAGAGUUCCUUAACUGAGUUGCCAAGAAAGGUUUUUUUAAUAAACCUAAAACCUAUUCGAUGGUUAUGAACAAAACACUCUUACUGAACAUGAUCCAUACACCUGCAAAUGUGAUAAUGAUUUUACUUUAAAUAUUGAAAUGUAUGCAUUUUGUAAAACAAUCAAAUUCAAGAAUUUGUUUGGAGAAGUUAAAUAUUUCUAAAUUUUUUGCAUACCCUAAAUGCCCCAGCAGUAUAGGUCAGAAAAGGUAUGGGUAUGUAUUUCGGUUUGGAUCCUAAUGUGCACAGUUCUUCAGUCUCCAGGCCUCAUGAUUUAAGCUUCUGACAACUGUUUUAAGUUGCUCUACAUGCUGAAUCUUGUUUACAAUUAAAUAUUAGAUACUACAAGUUAAAUACAUAAAUACAAAUCAUGCAUUUGUACUGGAUUUCUUAAUAGUAAGGUAGCUCAGACAGAAACACAGCAGUUUGUGUAUAUGUUUGUGUAUAUUUUUUACAUUUUUGCACUUACAGUAGUUUUGUUGUAUUGUUUGUAUAUAGUUUGCUAGCGUAAAGAAUAUAAUCUCAUGAAAUAGAAACCACUGUUGAAGGGAAUUGACUAUUUCAACUUGAGUUAUUUUGCUUACAGUUCUUGUCCCCUCAGUAUGUCCUUGAGAAUUAUUUUUAACCAUAAUUUAUAUGGCACCAAAAGUGUAUAUUUUAGCUUAUUAAAAUGCCGAAAGGCCUGAGUGCAAA